AUGGAUGCAAUCACAGAUCGUAUAUUUACGGAGACUUCAUUAGAAUCGACAACGACUAAUGAUGAUCCAACAUUGCUCACAAUUGUUCUUGAUGUUUCACCAUUGGGUUGGUACAAUCUUCGCCACACCACUAGUCUUGAGAACAUCACAAAGUCAUUAUUAGUAUUCCUUAAUGGUCACUUAGCUCUCAACAAUUCCAACCAAGUGGCAUUCAUAGCAAGCUCGUCUACAGGAUCGAAAUUUCUAUAUCCACAUCUUGCCAAGUCAAAUACUGAGAAGCAGACUAGAGCAGAUCGCAUAUCGCAAGGAAUGUAUAGGCAAUUUAAAAAUGUCAAUGAAGUCGUCCUCGAAGAACUCAUUCGUUUUGUUAAUGAAGAGGCAGAGGGAGCAGCAAGAGCAGAAGCAGAGACAGAAGCAGAAGUAGAAGCAGAGACAAAUGGAAGAGAAGAUCAGGGAGGAAACGCAAACAAAGCACGAUCGAAAAGACAAGCUUAUCAUGCUCGAGGGUCAACGAUUACCGGUGCAAUGAGCAUGGCUCUUACUUACACCAAUAGAAUGCUCACGUUGGAUCAAAGCAUCACCACUACAACUGCAUCAGCCAUGUCCACGGCUUCACUUAACUCAUCCAUAUCCAAAUCCGGAUCCGACUCAGUAGGCACAGCCGGUGUAGGAGUCGGAGCAGGAGGUGGAGCCGUUGGGGGUGGGGCAACAUCGUCGCUAUCUUCGGCGGUAUCAGGAGCAUCAAGCUCCACUUCAUCUGUGUCAAUGAAUUCUCGAAUCUUAAUAGUUACUGCUUCCGAUAACGAUAACCAUUUGAAUUAUAUACCUUUGAUGAAUUGUAUAUUCACAGCUCAGAAAUUGAAGGUUUCCAUUGAUGUAGCAAAAUUAGGUACUACUGAUUCAUCAUAUCUUCAGCAAGCAAGCGACGCAACGCAUGGUGUUUACUUGAAAAUUGAAGAUCCAAGAGGUAUGAUUCAGGUCUUGUCUACUGCUUUUUUCAUUGAACCAAACUUGAGACCUCAUGUGAUUAUGCCAACUGAUUAUCAAGUGGAUUACAAGGCAAGUUGCUUCUUGACCAAAAAACCAGUGGAUUUGGGAUACGUAUGUUCUGUGUGCUUGUGUAUCAUGAGUUUUGUACCUGACGAUUUAAAGUGUCCGGCUUGUUCGAGUGAAUUUGAUCAAGGAAUAGUUCAAGAAUUGACGAGAGAUCCACAGGUUGCUGUUGUUAAAAAAAAGAGAAAAUUGGAUAAAGCAAAUGGCACCGAAUUGUUGAAUGUUAAGGCAAAGUCCGAAGAGAAAGAGCAAGAGGCGAAUAAAGAAAAAACCAAUGAUUAG